AGAUUCAUCAACAAGACAGAAACUCCAAAAGAGGGAUUUCUUGGUAUAGAGAUUACAAGGGCAGACUCGGGAGCCAGAUAGCUUGGGCUCAAAUCCUGUCUCUGCCACUUACUGGUGAUGUGACCUUUGGCCAUGCGACUACAUAGUUCAUCUGUAGGUUGUUUGCAUGAAACAUGAUCACUGCUACCGAGGCAUCCUUUUGCUCCUGCUGAGUAGUGCCUGCCUGCAUCUUCAAUCUUUGUGUUGACAGCCACAUUGUUCCACUCUCCAUAAGAUGAAGGACCUCUCGGAUUGUGCUCCUCACCUCAUAAUGAGAAUUAUCAGCAGGCCCGGAUGGAUUCCUAAGCAAUAUGUGAAAAUGAGAUCCAGAGCCAUGAAAGGACUUACGGAGGAUCACUCAUCCCAGGCAGUGAUUGAGGCAUGCUAACAACUCAGGUCUUUUGACUUGUUCACAUUUCCUUCCAUUAUUGAUAUGUGACUUUGACUUCUGGGUAUUGGAUGGUGGGCACAGCCAAUUUAUGUCUUGAAUGGAAUAAUGAGGGAGUUAAGAUUCAUUUUCCGUGAGCCACCUCUGAACAUCACCCCUGUGAAGUCCUUUGGUGCCAUUUUGCUGAUGGCAGAAGCUUAAGGUGAAUGACUUCUGAACCUUCAUCACUGAGGAUAACAUGAAGCUAGUCACUUGCCAUCUCGCCACACCCGAGCAUGCCAAACUGCGUUUCAUGGAGGGAAUUCCAGAAAGACAUGUUGCCGACCCAAAGAAGGAAUUGCUCCUUAGAUAUGGGCAGAGCAAGGGGUGUGGAUGCACCCAGAGAGUAGCAAUGGUAGCGAGUGCAUUCUGAUUAAAAUCUGGCAAUUCCAUGAAGCUGCUGGUUGGAGAGAACGUAACAGCUGAGGAUUCAAGCAUCUGACCAUUCUGGUGCAUCAUUCUCUUCUCACUGGAACAUCUACAGCUAAGGAAGAAGCACUUACACUACUGGGAAGAUGGAAUAGAAUACUUUUUCCUAUUUCUUUGGAUAAGUAUAACCCAAACCCUGGACAGUAUAUAUAAAACACACAUAAGAAGAUUAUGAAAGGUGGAAAGAAGAAGGCAGAAGACCGAGGAACCUUAAGACUCAAGGAACAACAUAAUGGUUAAAUUGUUUAAAAGCAUCUCGGCAAGAUGAGAAUCUAUCCUGCUUUAAAAAAAGCCCUGGGAAAGAAUACCAGAGAACAAAAGAUAACAUAUUAUGUGGCUCCUGUCAAAGUGCAUCAGACACAGCAUCAUUGGAGACUCUUGCCAGUACCAGUUAUCCUGGUCCAGUCACCGGCUAUGAGGUUUCAACGUGGUUGCUCCUGUUUUCUUCCCAGCGCUGUUACCAAAUGGCUGGCCCUCAGGGCCCUAUGAUUUAUGCAGGAGCAGAGGCAGCACGCAAUCGAGCUGUCAAGAGAGCGUCAGCUUAUUAGGCAAAUGCUGCGUGGUUUCUGAAGAGGGUCGACGCUAUAAAAUCCCACUCCAGGCUCUGGUGUGGAGAAACUCAGAGCCCAAGUCCGUUGAGAGACUGAAGAGAAAGAUAAGAGGUGAAGAAAAGAGAGUGAGGACAGAAAGGAGAGGGAAGAAAACCCCUGAAAAAGCCCGGAGACGUUCCUCUGCAGAGAGGCGGCAGCGCCCCACUCACCUGCAGAAGCACCUCAGAAGCGAGCGCCCCUAACAUGCGGCUGCCGCUGCUCUUGUCCGCGGGCGUCCUGCUGGUGGCUCUCCUGCCCUGCCCACCAUGCAGGGCCCUCGUCAGCCGGGGGCCCAUCCCCGGCGCCCGGCAGGUGCCGCAGCACCCCCAGCCCAUGGAUUUCUUUCAGCUGCCGCCGCAGCCCCAGCAGCCCCAACAGCCUCAGGCUCGGCCCGUCCUGCUCCGCAUGGGGGAGGAAUAUUUCCUCCGCCUGGGUAACCUCAACAAGAGCCCCGCUGCGCCCCUCUUGCCAGCCUCUUCACCUGUCGCUGGCGGCAGCGGCAGCCGCCUUUCGCCGGACGAGGCGGCCGCCAACUUUUUCCGCGCGUUGCUGCAGCAGCUGCCGCUGCCCCGGCGCCCGCUCGACAGCCCCGCAGGUCCCGCCGAGCGCGGAGCGGAGAACGCCCUUGGCAGCCGCCAAGAGACACCGGAGAGGGAGAGGCGAUCCGAGGAACCUCCCAUCUCGCUGGAUCUCACCUUCCACCUCCUCCGAGAAGUCUUGGAAAUGGCCAGGGCCGAACAGUUAGCGCAGCAAGCUCACAGCAACAGGAAACUGAUGGAGAUUAUUGGGAAAUAAAACGGUGCGUUUGGCCAAAAAGAUGCAGCAUUUAGCACAAAAAAGUUAAAAAAAAAAUACAGUAUUCCGUACCAUAGCGUUGCUCUGAUACCAUUUGUUUAUUUUUUUAUAGCUUGAAGCCUAGACGAUAUACAGCAAGAGAGCCUAUACUUAAUUAGCAUGCACAAAGUGUAUUCACGUGCAGUAACAGCAACAAAAUGUUAUUUGUAUUGUCUACUUUUAGUUUCCAUUUCCAGGUGUCUUUAAUGGUGUAUAGAAAGUGUAGACCCAGAAGGAAAUGUUUUGAAGCAGACAGAAGUCACCCAAUUUAUUUUGUUGUGGUCUGAGCCAAAGAGAAUGUCACUCUCUUGGGUGGGUGAAACAAAAUCUGUAAGCUCUUUGAAUCAACCUUUCCUUGUAAACGUUUCAGUAAUAAAACAUCUCUCCCAAUCCUUGGUCCAUUUGGUUGUGUAAAAGAAUGUUGAAUAUUUAUAUUUUUAAUAAAAGCUGCAAAGGUAA